GCUCUCAACAUCAUCGUCAACUUUUUGGCUUUAAUUUUUUUUAAUUUCCAAUAAUAUAUUAGUAAACUUUUAAUUUGAAAAAAAAUAUAAAAAUAUACCGUGUGAAUUAUGAUCAAGAUAUUUAGUUUAUUAUUGACGACGUGGAUAUUAUGCACCGAUGGUGUAUUAAUUGGUCCAAAUAGUGAUCAUGGUCAAUACUAUCAUGAUUAUGCUGCAUAUGAGGCAUUACCAAGUGAAUAUGAUCAUCAUGUAUUACCAACUGUUUCGGUACCAAUUCAUUCAGUAUCAGCAGCUCCAUAUUAUUCUCCAGUACAGCAUGCACCUGUUCAUCAUGCACCUGUUCAUCAUGCUCCUGUUCAUCAUGCUGUACCACAUAAUUUACAUCAUCCUCAUCCAGUUGUACAUCAUGAUCCACAUGGUGAAGAUCAUGAUUACUACUCACCUCCAAAAUAUACUUUCAAUUAUGGAGUCCAUGAUCCACAUACUGGUGAUGUCAAAACUCAACAUGAAGUUCGUGAUGGUGAUGUUGUUCAUGGCUCAUACAGUGUAAAUGAACCUGAUGGUAGUGUGAGAAUUGUUGAAUAUACAGCUGACGAUCACAAUGGUUUUAAUGCAGUUGUUAAAAAAGUUGGUCCAGUCGCCCACCACCCACCACCUGUUCAUGUUGGUAAAUAUGUUGCUGCUGCUGCUCCACCUGAGUACUAUGGUUACGAAUUUGACAAACACUUUGUGGCAAUUUUGACAAUGGCAUUAGCUGCCAAAGCAACUUAUCUAGUUGACGAUCAUGAAAAUUACGGAGGAUAUGGUCUCGCCCACUCUGGUUAUUUAUCACCAGUAGUCAAUCAUAUUCCUUAUGAUACAAAUUCUCACGUAUAUCCUGCUUAUGGAGCUUAUGCAGCUUAUGGAGAUUACGAUAAUACUCAUGAUCAUCACGAUUCUUUCGCACCAGCAAAAUAUGCAUUUAAUUAUGGAGUUAAUGAUCCACAUACUGGUGAUGUUAAAAGUCAACAUGAAGAACGCGAUGGUGAUGUUGUCAAGGGAUCAUACAGUUUAAAUGAACCUGAUGGUACAAUUAGAAUUGUUGAUUAUACAGCUGAUCCACAUAAUGGAUUUAAUGCUGUUGUUAGAAAAAUUGGACAUCCAGUUCAUCCAGAACCAGCACCAAUUGUUAAAGUUGUUGAACCAGUAGUAUAUGCUGAUCCUCAUCAUCAUCAUUCAUAUGACUACUAAUUCAAUCUAUUUAUUUUCAUGAAUAAUUUAAAACGACUUUUCAAUUUUAAAAAUUA